CAACUUUGUUGAUGCUAUCUCGUUUGAAUCAAUGGCUGCAAAUCAAUGAGAACAGGAUCUUCAACGGUUGUCCACCCCUCCGCUUUUCCCACCUACGACUUUUGGUUGACUCGAAUGCUGUUCUCGCCCUAAGUUACGCAAAGCGAAAUAAAGGAAGAUAAACAAUUGAGUCUUUUCACUCUUGUUUCGUAGCCCACCCCUACCCCAGACUGAAUUACUGCUUACCUAUGGCUGGAACCGCGAGUAGCAGCAGCAGUGCGCCUGCAGAAAAUGCUGGCGGGCCCUCGGGCGAAUCCCUUUCGCAGCGGUUUUACCGGCUGUACCCCCGCGUGAAAAACGCAAAAGCCAACGGCGGAGCCGACAAAACACUGGCUGCGGAGCUGAAAAAACUCGUGACCGAGGUGGAGAGAAGUAGUGUAUUUUCCGAAAACGAAGAACUAGACGAAUUACUCACUGAGGACUUGAAAUACCUCUUGCUGCCCCAGUUUGUCGGCGAUGUUCUCGCAUCGGACAUGGACAUGGAAACACGAGCAAAAUCUCUGUCCGCAGCCAUCAUCAGCUGGCAGAUGUUUCUCAGUCGCGCCGGCAGAUUCAAUUUGAUCGACGCGGAAGACCAGGACGCAGCCUACGAGGAGGAAAGCAGGGACGCAGCCAGGAUGCGGGAGGCGAAAAUAUCGAGGUAGGAGAGCGUCUUCGCUGACUUUAGUCAUCUUUAGCUAAAUUGCUUUUUUUCAUCAGCUUGGGUUUUGCACGAAAGAGAACCUACUACCGAGUAGGUAUGUGAUGUUGACUUUCAUUGGUAUGCACUGACUUGCACAAUCGUAAAAAAGGUUUCGCCGCGACAAAUCGCUCGAGGAAAAAGUUGAUUACUUUUUUGCUCGCGUCGCAAAAAUGGGCAGUGAGGAGGACGCUUGGACGGGUGGUGGCAUCGAUGAGGACAUGGCGAGGACGUGUAUCCUCAAUAUGCUUCGCCGAGGGGUGCUACACUGCAUCGAGGAGAUCACAGGCGCGAAACGGGAGUUGCCCAUGCUGGAGAUGUUCAGGUAGGUUUUUUUUUGCUUGUCGUAUCUUGUGCCAAGUUGAUCCAUGAAAAUGUCAUGCGUUGAAAAGUUUUCUUCCAAUUGCUAGGAGCACUAAUCUUUUACUUCAACUUCGCAAAACAGCGCACGCAAGAACGCUCCGCCCUCUUUUCAAGGCCCAGACGCCGAGCAGAAAAAGCGUCCGUGGCAGAUAUCCAUUCGCGAUCCUAGCGAACUGAAGAAGCUUUUCCAGGACGCCGUGUUUCAGCCCGAUAUUCCGAUGCCCACCGUAACGCUUGCGGAGUACGCCGAUUACGAAAUGGCGAAGCUGGCCGACCAGAAAUUCGAGAAGGACCAAAAAGUGGUGCAGGAAUUUCAAGAGAAGAACCUGUCGAUCAGCAAUCGCUACGACGACGAUAGCGCGACUGCUGAGUACCGUGCGGAGCGGGAGGAGGAGGACAGAAAGGAGGCAAAGCAGCGAGCUUGGGACGACUGGGUAGAUUUCAAUCCCAAAGGAAGUGGAAAUAAAAACAAAAACACGAGCUAAUGGAGUGAAGUGAUCAUGCUCAUUUCUUUGUUAUUACAGCGACACCGUGUACAUGCAAAAGGCAGUACAGUAAAGCGACAUUUAAACAGCGAAUGCGAAAGGGAGUUGUUUUCUGG